AUGGGGAACAUUCUAGCAAAUGCAGGGUCACUUUGGGUGGCAUGGAUCAAAGGGUAUGCUCUAAAGGGGACUGCUUUUUGGGAAGCCAAUCCCAAGCCUCAGCUUAGCUGGAUCUUGAGAAAGCUCCUUAAACUUAAAAAUGAAGCUGCAGAUUUAUUUGGUAGUGUGGUGGACUGGAACAUAGUUAAAAGUAAAUGGGUGUGGGAGAAGCUUAGAGACAAGAGGGAGAAGAUGGCUAUCUUGAACAGGCUUCCAACCAAGGACAGGCUCAUCAAUAUGGGAAUGGACUUGAAUGGACUUUGUGAUCUCUGCAAUACUGAAUUAGAAGACAGGGACCAUCUCUUCAAUGGCUGUGCUUUUGUGAGCGGUAUUUGGAGAAAGAUCUUGCAGACCUGCAGAAUUCCCCACAGGAAUCUGUGUUGGAGUGACUUUCUGGAUUGGGUAGCAAACAAUUUCAGGGGUAAAUCCUUGCUAGUUAGUAUUUUGAAACUAGCUUGGAUUAGCUUGGUAUACUUCGUAUGGGAAGAACGAAAUUUCAGGCGUUUUAGAGACUGUUCUCGGUCUGUUGAUAAUAUUUUUGACAGUAUUAGAAGAUCUGUUGGUGAUAGGAUAAAUGGUUGCAAUAUUAACAAGGCUGACAGUGUUAAUCUAAAGCUUUGCCUGGAAUGGAACAUUGGCUAG